AUGGACAACGACUCGGAAAUACACGGGGACCUACGCAUAGACAUGAAUACUGACCCAUCGUCGGAACUGUCGCGCACCAUUGAUCUCGAAGUGGAUUACUCCGACCUUACGCUCGGCAAGACGAACAAGGGCCCAAGAGAGGUUUCGGCGGAGAAACGACGCGUGUUUCUGGAGCAAACUAGAAAGUGGCGAGUGUCUGUCGACGUCCAAAGGCUUCGACACGGCCUAUACCGAAAUCAAGCCGCAAGUCUGGUAGGAUUUCGUUUCAACUUUUCGAGCCCCGACAUCAAGAGCCGUAUAAUCAGCCUGCAAGUCCGUUUCAGUUUAGUCCCAGCAAAGCAAGGCGAACAGUUCCCACAGGUCCGCAUUUUGGCACCCCACGAGAUUAAUACGGAUGCCGUGGAUGCUCACCUUUCCACGAACGAGGCGCGUAAGAUGGGGGUAUCCAUUGAGCAACCUGGCUUCGGCGUUCCGCUAUUACAGGGUGGUGCGUGGCGGGAGACGGCCAAGACAGUUGAUUACUUGCAUACAUUCCAACAACAGCUCGAGGGCGACCUUUUCACAUCAGAGGAUGCGAAAGACGCGGGACUGGAAGAUGAUAAUUGCGUUGAGUGGAAGGUGUUGGAGAACGAAUUGAGUAAACGUGGAGUCCCUUCAAUGUUGCGGACAGCUGUUGUGUUUACGCGCCCAGCGCCCAUUGUUCACGGACUCCUCGAGGUGCAAGUGAGGACAAGUUCGGACUCACCUCUGGGCACCCUCUUCUGUGGCGCCGCUUGGUCGCGGUCUAGCCCUCUCAUCCUACGACAACAGACGACGGUUGGCUCGCCCUUGCCGUGUGAAAGCCGCGACUUCAGCGAAUUAACGGACGAGGACUUUGGCAGACUGAUAGGAUACGAUCCAUUAACGCCGGAAAUCACCGUUACUUACAGACCGGACGAAGACAUGUAA